ACACUCAGCAAGUUUGUCAAACAGAAAGUUUGGCUGUCAAAGAUAUCAGACAUAUACACACAAUAGCCAUGCCAAGCCUUGUCACUUCACCUCCACCGGAGCUGCAGCAGUUCAACAUGGACACUACUGAAAAGAUCAGUGUAAAGGACAGGGGGAAUUUGAGGUCUUGGCUGCAGAGUAGAUCAUCCCAGGCUGUUUCCACUGAAGGACUUUCUUUUGAGGACAUAUCGCAGUGGUCAAGCUCACUGGAGAGACUACUUUCAUCCAAAUAUGGCUUAAAGAUAUUCCAGGCCUUCUUGAAGACAGAAUUCAGCGAUGAAAACAUAGAGUUUUGGAUGGUGUGUGAAGACUACAAGAAGAUCAAGUCUUCCUUUAGGAUGUGCUCCAGAGCCAAGAAGAUCUUCAAACGCUACAUUCAAACUGAGGCUUUGAGAGAAAUCAAUAUUGAUCACAAGACCAGAGACCUGAUCAGGCGAAACAUGAAGGAGCCCACCACGUUUUGUUUCGACGAUGCCCAGAGGAUCGUCUAUGGGCUGAUGGAGAGAGACUCUUACCCACGGUUCCUAAAGUCUGACAUCUAUCAAGCUCUUCUUGACUCCACAUCAGAACCAACAAAGAUGUAAAAAAACAAACAGGCACAAGGGAUACUGCAUGUGUAGAAGCUGGAUUGUGAUGCUGAGCCAGUGCUGGAUUACCUGAGAGAGCCUGAGUUGUUAGCUUAUAUCAUCAAGACAUUUAUGCUUCCUUUCCAAGGUGACGAGUUUGUUCACAGCCAGCUGGUACGAGGGGAAACAAUGAGCUUAAGAUUGCUACAGUUGUAUGUUAACCGCAGCAAUAACUGCUGUGAAGCACAGGACUUCCCAGAGACGCUACAAUAGUGAAAUUAAAAUUUGAGGGACUUUCUGUGAGCAGUGCAGGAAGUGGAAGUGGUGCAGACACCAUACAGGAUGCAAGAACAGAGCUGGACUCUACAUUUUUAUUAAGUUUAUUGUAAUGUCACUAAAGCAAUAGGCUGUUUGUAGAUGCUAUUUAAUUGUGAUUUUCUUUCUGCAGCAGCAAGCAGGUAGAGUUUCACAGUACAACAUCAGUGCUGCAUUCUGAAUAUUAUAAGCUAGAAUAUGUUUGAAGAUGUGUUCAAAUGGUUUGAAUGUAAAUAUUGAAGUGGAUGUUUAAUGA